AUGGAGGGCAGUUUCACAGGGGGAGAGGAGUACCAGAAGUAUUUCCAGCCCAGGGACUACCUGACCACCUACUACAACUUCGAUGGCAGUCCUACCCCUGAGGCAGAGAUGCUCAAGUUCAACCUGGAGUGUCUGCACAAGACAUUCGGUCCUGGGGGCCUCAGAGGAGACACCCUGAUCGACAUAGGGUCGGGCCCUACCAUCUACCAAGUGCUCGCUGCCUGUGAGUCCUUCCGAGACAUCACACUCUCCGACUUCACUGACCGCAACCGGGAGGAGCUGGAAAAGUGGUUGAAGAAGGAGCCUGAGGCCUAUGACUGGUCGUCAGUGGUGAAAUUUGCCUGUGAGCUGGAGGGAGACAGCGGCCGGUGGCAGGAGAAAGAGAAGAAGCUGAGAAGCGUGGUGAAGCGGGUGCUCAAGUGUGACGCCAACCUGGCAAGCCCGCUGGCCCCGGCCGCACUGCCCCCUGCCGACUGCGUGCUCACGCUGCUGGCCAUGGAGUGUGCCUGCUGCAGCCUGGACGCCUACCGCGCUGCGCUGUGCAACCUCGCCUCCCUGCUCAAGCCAGGGGGCCACCUGGUGACCACUGUCACUCUUGGGAUCUCGUCUUACAUGGUGGGGAAACGUGAAUUUUCCUGUGUGGUCCUGGAGAAGGAGGGGGUGGAGCAGGCUGUCCUGGAUGCUGGCUUCGACAUCCAGCAGUUUCUGCACAUUCCCAAGUGCUACUCGGCCACCAUUGCUGCCAACAACGGGGUCUGCUUCAUUGUGGCCCGGAAGAAGCCUGCGCCCUGA